AUGGAGAAGCCUUUACCAAAACCCCCCUCUAGUUCACCCAAGUUUGCUAGCAUUCGUGAUGGUGAAGAUGUUAUUCUUGACGACCUUAUAUUUGGAUUGAAGCGUUAUGAAGCAGCAUUUUAUAUCAAGUCUGGAGUAGAAAGCGUCCUGCAUAGCUUUACGAAAGCUGAAGAGCUAGAGAUGAUUAAGCUGAGCUUCUUGAUCGCAGACAGCCCAUACCGACCGAUAUCUUUAGAAAGUGUGCCUUCCAAGAUACUAUUUGGUUCCUUCCUAUUUUAUGUAAAAGAUAAAAUAUAUGAAAAGGCUGGUCACAUAUUGGACCGGCCAUUUUGUUUCGCUCUUCGAAAGCUUGUCUCUGAUAACUCUAAUCUCAACCAUGAAUUUUUCCUUCAACAGGUUAAAAGCAAUUUUCUUUCUCUUCCCAAGAUUAAAAUAAAGAUGCUUUCUGUCUUUUUUUCUAUCGUACAAAUUGUUUUGUCCAAACUUCGUGGAGGAUCUCACGAACGUGUCCAAUUUUUUGCCUCUAUCGCUGCAGUGAUCCUACCAAAAGAGCAGAUCAAUGAUAUGUAUCAGUUGGUUGAGUAUAUAUCAUUAAAUGCUCAGAAAAUAUUCCAAAUUCGACCUCCUUCUCCUCGAGUGCUUCACCCCCUUCCCCAACCAAAUAGUAAUGAACAACCGACUUCCCCGAAAGAUGAAAACUUUGAGACGAUAGGUGUUAAUUCUAACCAAAAUCAGGAAAGUGCUUCUACUGUGCCUACCGAUCAUAUAAAUCCAGUUUCACAAAUAAAUAAGCAAGCAGGAUCUGAAUUUUCUUGGAGCACUGAAAACUCAAACCCACAUAGGAAUGGAAAUGUGAAUACAAAAAGAUCUAUUAAUAAGAAAGAACACAUACUCCCCGUAGUGUCUUCCUCAGACAUGGGUCCGUUUGACUAUGACCAACAAGCCAAGGAUUUUAAUAAUGAAAUAGUGGGAAAAAAUGAUCCGUCAGCUUUUACGGUGCCAAUUAAUAUUUAUGAAAAACUAUACGAGAAAUUUGUUGGAGCUUCAAGUCAACUAAAAAAAGUUUCAAAUAGCUAUCAGGAAGUACGUGAGGAAAUCGAAACACUGUAUGAAACUUUCGCUGAUGAAGUAAACUCUUUCGAAAACUCAAAGAAACUACAAGAAGAGAAGAUUUUACAAGAAAAAGUUAACGUUGAACGAAAAAUUAAGGCAUAUCGGAACGAACAUUUAGCAGCUACCGAACACGUACUUACAUGA